AUGUCUCGAUCUUCAUCCACUCGUACUUUGGAUCCUGCUUCUCCCAUUGCCCCUGUUUCUAUGUUUAGACCCAGGCCAAAGGCCAACAAGCCGGUCUCUCACGCCUCUAAGAGACAGUCCAGGGCCUUCGAGUCUAUUCUUUCACAUUCCCAGAUGGCUGCUCUUCAGUCUGCCGCCACUAUCAACGAAGAAGAUGCCGAAAAGUCUGGUCUUGAUCUCAACGAUGUUGAUGCUAACCUCAAUGACCUCGAUCUUAAUGACCUUGAUGAUGUUGAUGACCUUGAUGAUGUUGAUGACCUCGUUCUCAAUGACUUCGACCUCCACACAUCCCCUGAUAAAACUGUGGACUCCGCGCUGUUUGAAGACAUCGACUUUGAUAUGGGGGACACAUCAAAUUUACUAAAGAAUGCCUUUUCGGAUUAUCAAAAGGCCAUAGACACUCUGGAACUACGAGAAUCCAGUGAUACUAACCCUCAAGUCUCAAAUGACUCCUCUUAUAUUACAUACCAGGCUCCAUUAGACCCUAAUUCUCAGCCUACACAUAUUCUAUCCGCGUAUACACUAUCUCCGGAGGCUAAGCAACGUAUUCAAGUGCUUCAGUAUCCAGGACUUUUCAUAGUUGACGAGAUCAACCAUGAUGACGUGGUAAAAUCACCUCCUCAAGGCCUCUUCAUCUAUCCUGGUGCCCAAUACUGUCUGUACCCUCAAUGCUUUGUCACAGAAGAACAGCAGGAUCCCAUCAAACCGAAGAGAACCUCCUUGUUUUUCAAUUAA